AAAUAACUAACUGAAUAGGCGUUUUUGAGAGGCAGAAUUCGGAGGGAGCUUGGCGAGAGAGACAGAGAGAGAGAGAAAUGGAUAGCAAUGUCAGACAAGAACGAAGAAGAAGAAUUAUGGAGAGAGGGAGUGAUCGCUUGGCUCUCAUCACCGGCCAAGUCCGUGCUCUCAGUCCAUCGCCGUCGCUACCAUCACCAUCAAAUCAACGUCAACGUCGACAUGCGCACACGGAAUCUUCUCCAUCACUUAUGUUCUCUCCUAAUGAUAAUGCUCAAAUCAAUGCUGGUCCUGAGGAAACGGAUGAUGUCUCUGGUUCCAAAUUCAUGAAAACCAGGACCAUCAAUGAGUAUCCAGGGGCCAGAAACUUUCAUAGAGGAAACCAAGCGGAAACUCGUUUGGUGAAAAGUGCGACAAGCCCUGACACCUUGAGUAAACUGCAGCAGCCUUCUGAGAUCACACCAUCAGUUCAAAAGGCACCAAGUCAGCCCAAAUUGUUCUCUUCCAAAAGGAUAAACUACUGCAUUAUAGCUUCUGAGAGAACGCGAGCUAUUUGUUCUCUCAUUGUAGCUUUUCUUGUCAUUGUGAAUUCAGAUAGCUUCAUUGCCUCAAGGCCUUUUUGCAUAAUCCUGUUAACUGAUGUAACAAUUGUGCUUGCCCGAUUGUUUCGUGAGAGUGGAAAUGACUCCGAGGAGAUCGAGGAAGAACAAAAUUCAGGUAAAGAAGAUGAAGAUAACUGGGCUGGAGCAGUCAAGCUCUUGGAGAGAGGUUUGUUCCUGUACCAGGCCAUUUGUGGCAUCUUCACUGACUGCAGUGUUUAUUUGGUUGCAGUCAUCUGUGGCCUCUCUCUAGUAUAGCUUUGCCGACAGUUAAAAUGAUUAAUAAUAUAAUUUUAACCUUGUGGCUGCAACUAGUGUGCAGUCAGUGCAGCCAAAAAAUAAUUUUUGUUGAGGUCUCCCUUGAUGUGCCAAAAAAUAUUUUUCCCAGUUUCAAUGAACAUAUAUUACAUUUUCUUUAUUUUUAUUGCCUUCCCCAAUAUCAGUGAAAACUUUUUAAGAAUAAAUUUUGAAGCCCUCUAUUUGGCAUUGCAAAUUGUA